AUGCCGCUCUCGCUCGAAGGAGUGGAGGCGCACCCGGCGUCCUACAUCGGGCCGCAGUUCGUGACGAUCGGGCUCCAGAUGCUCCAGACGGGCGUGCUCUUCAACCAGGUGUACGCCUUCUGGCUGCGCGCGGAACGCGAGGUCGCCGUCGUGCGCGCGCUCGCCGCGUUCGUGUCCGUCGUUGCCUUCGCGCAGACGGCGUUGACGUUCUUCGGAGCGUGGAGAGUGUUCGUGCUGAACUUCGGGAACUGGUACGUCGGCGUCGGGUUCUUCUGGGUCGACAAGAUCCAAUCUAUCGUCACGGUCAUCAUCGCGUCUCCGGUUCAAGCCUUUCUGAUAUGGAGGUGCUGGGUCCUGGUCAACCGCAACAUCUUCGUCUUGCUGACCCUCUCCGCGCUCCUUCUCGCUACCCUCAUAUCGAGCGUGUUCGUGACGAUCACGACGCUCCAGUUCCACUUUGGUAUCGUGCAGGUCCAAGAGGGUCCUUUGCCUGAAGUAAUGAUUAAUCCGACCUUCGUCCUCUGUCUGACAUGUUCUGCUUUGCUAGACGUCCUCGUCACUGGGAUAUUGCUCACGUUCCUGGCCCGCUCAAAGAAUGCCGUUACUUCCUCAAGGUUUCGUCGCAUCAUGAGACGUUUGACGGUCCUCAUAUGGGAAGCCGCUCUCCCUCCAGCAAUAUGCGCGACGAUAACCGUCGUGACAUAUCUUACAAUCGUGAACAAGAACUACUGGGAUCUCACGUUCCAGGGCGUUCUGGGGAAACUAUAUGCGAUCUCCCUUUUCGUCACGCUAAACGGCCGCGCCGAGCUCCAGAACGCGCCGCACUCGGGCGUAUCGACACAACGCAUCUCAAACAUGGCCUGGACGUCUCCCAUCCGCGUCGACCUGUCUACCCAGCUCCCGAGCGAUGUGGAGCGGGACGCGCAGUCCGGCGGGACGACGGAGACGACGGAGGACCGCAGCGUCAUCGAGACGCCGAUGGACGCCGUGGCGAACGACCUGGGAAGCCACGGCGAAAUGCUAGCCGUCAAGACUCUCGCUAUCACCUUCCGCCCCUCGCUCAUCGCCAUGUUCGCCCGCCUCGCCGUCGUCUCCACCCUCGCGUUCGCCGCCCUUGCUACGGCGACCAAGUGCAACACUGGCCCCGUCCAGUGCUGUGAGAGCCUGGAGAGUGCGAACUCUGCUGCCGGUUCUGCGAUCCUGGCGGCGAUCGGUGCGACGCUGCAGAACACGAAUGUGGCGCUCGGGCUGAAGUGCUCGCCGAUCGGCGUGGUCGCUGUCGGGUCGGGCAACGCUUGCACGACCAACACGGUGUGCUGCGAGAACAACAACAUUGGUGGCGGCGUAUCCGCUGGCUGCAUCCCGGUCACGCUCUAA